GAGCCUGGCUGGGCAAACUGGGCACCGAUGGUGGACGGAGCUGGCCUGGAAAAAGAAGCCAUUCUGUCUCCGAGCUCUUUCUCGCCGCCUCCAUUUAGGGGGAGCUCAGGCACAAAAUGGGGGACCCAAGAGAACUCUGUCCUCACCUGGAUUGCAUAGGUGAGGUCACCAAGGAUGAUAUGCUUUUCAAGUCCAAGGGAACAUGCCAGUCUUGCGGUGCGGGAGGACCAAAUCUCUGGGCCUGCCUUCAGGUUGGUUGCCAUUACGUCGGUUGUGGAGAGUCCUUUGCGGAUCACAGCACUUUGCACGCCCAGGCCAAAAAGCACAAUUUGACGGUGAACCUGACCACGUUUCGGGUGUGGUGCUACGCAUGCGAGAAGGAGGUGUUCUUGGACCAAAACCUGGCUUCCCAUCCUACCAACCUGCCUUCCAAAUAUAUGGAACAGGAUGCUGUCCCACCUGCCCACCUGCUCAAAGCCGUUCCGAUUGCCGUCGCUGACGAAGGAGAAUCGGAAUCGGAAGAUGACGACCUCAAACCAAGAGGCCUUACGGGAAUGAAAAAUCUCGGGAAUUCGUGUUACAUGAAUGCUGCUCUCCAGGCUCUCUCGAACUGCCCCCCACUUACACAGUUCUUCCUGGAAUGCGGGGGGCUGGUGAGAACCGACAAGAAGCCAGCGCUCUGCAAAAGUUACCAGAAGCUGAUUUCCGAAGUCUGGCACAAAAAACGCCCCAGCUACGUGGUCCCCAGCAGCCUCUCCCACAGCAUCAAGCUGAUCAACCCCAUGUUCCGGGGCUACGCACAACAGGACACGCAAGAAUUCCUCCGCUGCCUGAUGGACCAACUUCAUGAAGAGCUGAAGGAGCCGAUGGUGGCCGAACUGCGUGACUCGGAUGCCAGCGACACCGACGAGAAGAGGGAGGGGGACCGCAGCCCCUCGGAGGACGAGUUCCUCUCCUGCGACUCGAGCAGCGACCGCGGGGAAGGGGACGGGCAGAGCAAAGCGGGCUCGGCUGAAGCGGAGCUGCUGAUCCAGGAGGAGGCGGGCCGCAGCAUCUCCGAGAAGGAGCGGAUGAAGGAGCGGAAAUUCUCCUGCCACCAACGGCGGAGCAACUCGGAGCAAGUCGACGAAGAUGCUGACAUUGACACCUCAGUGAUGGCAGUGGAGGGCGGGGCUUCUCCAGAAGGGCUCCUCCCACCCCCACCUCGACCCGCCAGCCCUGCAAGGACCCCAGAGCCCGGUGGCUAA